AUGUCUUUCGAUCGCUUAGACUCCUUAGAGGCGCAGCCUACUAAUAUGCGCCGCUCUGAAGACCCUCAUUAUCGCGAUGAUCCCGAAUUUGACCGCCUGACGGAAGGCCUCUCGAACCAGUUAUUCACCUUGACCUCGAACAUUACCCGGCUGUCGGAUCAGAUUGCGCUUUUGGGAACGAAACGGGACACAGAGCGAGUGCGCGAGCGAGUUCACAACUUGCUGGAGGAAACGCGCUCGGGAUUUAAGGAUGUAGGAGAAGGCAUCAAGAAGGUCCAGACGUGGGAGGAUGUCAAUCCCUCUCAGAAAUGGACUCAACAGAAACUUUCUUCUGAGUUCAAGGCUACGCUCGAGGAAUUCCAGACAGUCCAGCGUCGGGCGUUAGAGAAGCAACGGGCGUCUGCUGUAGCUGCCCGCACUGCCGUGGAAGAGGGUGAACAUGUGCCAGCAGACGGGGCUGCUCAGCAACAGCAACAGCUCCAAGAACAACCCCGCCUUGCCAACCAGGAUGAGGUCGACUUCCAAGAGGCUCUUAUCAUUGAGCGCGAGACAGAGAUCCGCAACAUUGAACAAAGCGUCGGCGAGCUCAAUGAACUAUUUCGUGACGUCGCCCAUAUUGUCCACGAGCAAGGAGGCCAGUUAGAUAUUAUCAGCGAGAACGUUGAAAGAGUCACUACAGACACCCGUGGGGCCAACGUGGAGCUUCGCAGCGCCAGCAGGUAUCAGAAGAAUGCUCGAAACAAGGCUUGCUGCCUGCUCUUGAUCCUAGGUGUCAUCCUGGUCAUUAUCGUGCUGGCAGCCACUCUUGGAUAG